AUGCAACUGUCUGUUCGCCGGCUACUUUCACUCGGCCUGCUGGCCACCGCGCUUCCUGCUACAGUAUGCGGUGCCAACCGAUCCUCAAUGCUGCGAACCGUGGUGACCACCGACCUCGAGCAGGACGACUUGGCCUCCCUGAUCCGAUACCUCCUCUACACCAACGAGCUCGACACCCAAGCAAUCAUCUAUAGUUCCAGCCGGUACCACUGGUCCGGUGACGGCAAUGGAACCAAAUUUUUCUUGCCCGAUCGCGAGUACAGCAGCCCGCAGUGGGCGUGGCGCUGGACCGGCACACGCACCCUACAGGACAAAGUCCUCCCUGCUUAUGCCGAGAUUUGGCCCAAUCUGAACAACCACGAUCCCUCCUACCCGACCCCUGACGAGCUUGCAUCUCUGAUCAAGAUCGGCAAUAUCAACUUCGAGGGCGAGAUGGAGUUAGAUACCGAGGGCUCGGACCUCAUCCGAUCCCUGAUCCUCGACGAUGACCCACGCACGCUGUACUUGCAGGCCUGGGGCGGCACCAACACCAUCGCGCGCGCGCUGAAGUCGAUCGAAGAUGAGUACUCGGGCGGGUCGCAGUGGAAUGAGACUCGGGAUGCAGUCGUCAAGAAAACUGUAAUCCUAGCCAGUGGGUUCCAGGACGAGACGUAUGCGAAUUACAUCUCUCUCCAAUGGCCGCAGAUCCGCGUCGAACAGCUGGAGCCUGGAUACACAACCUGGGGCUACAACUGCAACAAAGGCCAGGGUAACACACGCGGACGCUCCACUGGCGACAACCUGUACUUCACGGGGAAGUGGAUGAAAGCACACAUCCAAACAGGACCGCUCGGAAGGCUUUACCGCUCGUGGAUCGAUGGCCAGUCCAUGGCCGGCGAUGCCCAGGACAUUUUCGGGAGCGCAGCCACUGCAAACCAAUCUGCAUUUUGUAAGGCCCUGGAGCCAUACGCCUUUUUGUCUGAGGGAGACAAUGUGGUGUUUAAUCCCUUGUUGACGACGGGUCUGCAGAACCCGGCGAACCCGAGUCUCGGCGGAUGGGGCGGUCGCAGCUACCAGAAUUCCACCUCUCCCAAUCUGUGGGUCAUGGUGUCGAGUGAGAAGAACAAGGCGGGCGUCGAAGUUGACGACUACACCACUGACCGAUGGGCUGGGGCGGCGCAGAACGACUUUGCGGCGCGCAUGCAGUGGACCCUGACCCCGAAGUAUAGUAGUGCCAACCACCCCCCGUCCGUGACGAUUUUGAACGGAACGACAGUCGAGGCACAGGCCGGAACGACGGUUACCCUGGCCGGAAAUGUCAGCGAUCCCGAUUCCAACAACGUCACCACCACUUGGUGGCAGUUUUUCGAGGAAGGCACUUACCCGGGCAAUGUCACCGUGACGGAGGUGGGAGACGAUCAGGCGGAGGUGGAGAUCCCCACCGAUGCGCAGACUAGCGAGACCGUCUCAAUCAUCUUCGAGGGAACGGAUGACGGGCAGUUUCCAUUAACUCGUUAUGGGCGUGUGUUCAUCCGGAUUGUAUAG